AUGCUAAAAUUAUUUCGUAAAGAAUCAUUAUUAAGAAAAUUAUCUAACAAUAAAAAAAAUUCAUCUCAAAGAUGUAUUGUUAGUUAUAAUAUAAAAAAUGAAUAUUCUCAAUUUAUUCCACUACCUAUUUUACAUAUAAAUACUAUUGAAGAUAUUUCUGAUAAAUGUAUUAUUGAAAUUCUAAAAAGAAUGGAUUAUAAUGAUAUACUUAAUAUGCGACUUGUUAAUAAAAGAAUUAGCAAAAUAAUUCAAAGACAUUAUGGUGAAUUAAAUAUCAAAAAAAUUAAAGAAAUUAUUUUUGUUGGAUUAGGAGAAGAUAAAUGUUAUCGUUUAAAUCAAAAUAUUUUUUCACUAUCAUUUGAUGAACAAUUUAAAUAUGGUGUAUUAAUAGAAAAUGUUUCAAAAUAUCUUAAAUAUAUUAAAGUAACACAAACUGUUUCAUUAGAAAAUUUAAACUUUUCUAAUUUAUGCUACAAAAUUUUCCGACGCCUAUGUGAAAGCAGUGUUCAUGAAUUAUUAUUAACUAAUUGUACCAUAACAAUGAAUUAUGAAAUAUUUUCAUCAUUACUAAAAACAUUUUACCUAUCAAAUGUAACAAUAAAACAUUGUAAAUUGGAUGAUUGUCAAUUGUUAUCAGAUCACCUAUUCAUACUAAAUUUACAAUUAAGAAAGUUUAAAUUCUUUAGUUUUGAUAAGAAAAUAGAUUAUAUAUAUGCACCAUUAUUGUCAAAUAGAACAUUAAUUACAUGGGCAGAAAAUUCUUCAUGGCCAGAAAUUAUUUUACUACAAGGUGUUAAAUCUAAUUUUAAUCAUAUUGGUAUUGAAAUUUUACUAGAUGCUUUUCAUGAGUAUUCAUGUAAAAUGGAUAAAAGUUUUACAACAAAUAAUAUUAUAAAAAAUACAAAUUCAUUACAUUGGGAUUUUGGUUUUAUAAGAUGUCAAUUAAGUCAAUUGAUAGCUAUUCUAAGAAAAUAUAAUUAUUGGAUAAGAUUCUUAAAUUGUACUAUUUUUUGA